AUGUCAAAAUUUCUUCACCCGCUCAACAACGAGGAGAUCAUAGAUGUGGAAGACGACGAACAAGAGAGCAGAGACUCGACCACGGCCUCGACAGAUUUCGCAGGUGUUGCCUCCCGUGUCGCCUUCGAGUUGAAAGAAGUCAAGUUCUUUGUCCAAAACGGUGGUGAUAUCUCCAAGUAUAGAAUGAUGAACGGACGGAGUUGUGCCGUUGCGUAG